AUGGGCUACGGCACGCUGGUCAAGAAGCAGUUUACUGUUCCGAAACUGUCCUUCUACUUCAUAUUUUGGGGCAUCCAUUUUUUCCUCUUCGGAUUUGGAUGGUACAAACAAGCGUCCGACCCUAGGCUCGCGGGCCUCAAUGGGCUCGAGUUCUCCGUCUGGAUUUCGCGUGGUGCCGGUCUCGUGUUGAGUUUCGAUGGGUUGUUCAUUUUGCUCCCAGUAUGUCGGACACUGGUGAGAUGGCUUCGGCCCAAGAUCAGGUUCUUGCCUCUGGACGAGAACCUUUGGUUCCAUCGUCAGGUCGCUUAUGCGAUGCUCUUCUUCACCGUUGCCCAUGUCACUGCUCAUUACGUCAACUUCUUCAACGUCGAGCGAACGCAAAUCCGACCGGUCCUCGCGCUGCAGAUCCACUACGCUCAACCUGGCGGUAUCACUGGCCACAUCAUGCUUCUCUGCAUGCUUCUCAUGUACACGACUGCGCACCACAGAAUUCGCCAGCAGUCGUUCGAGACCUUCUGGUACACCCACCACCUGUUCAUCCCUUUCAUGCUUGGACUGUACACGCACGCAGUCGGCUGUUUCGUGCGUGACUCGGCCAACGGGUUCUCGCCAUUCGCCGGGGAUAUCUUCUGGACUCACUGCAUUGGUUACCAGGGCUGGAGAUGGGAGCUCUUUGGCGGUGGAAUUUAUUUGACGGAGCGGCUUUACCGUGAGAUCAGGGCCCGCCGUUCAACCAAGAUCACUCGUGUUGUCCGCCACCCUUACGAUGUCGUCGAGAUCCAGUUCUCGAAGCCCUCGUUCAAGUACAAGGCUGGUCAGUGGCUGUUCCUGCAGCUGCCUUCCGUCUCCAAGUACCAGUGGCACCCGUUCACCAUUACCUCGUGCCCUUACGACCCCUACGUCUCUGUCCACGUCCGUCAGGUUGGUGACUUCACUCGAUCGCUCGGUGACGCUGUCGGCGCCGGAGGCGCGCAGGCCAAGCUGUACGAGGGCGUCGACCCGAUGGGCAUGUACGAGGUGGCGCUGCAGAACGGUCAGCAGAUGCCGGCUCUCCGGAUCGACGGACCCUACGGCGCACCGGCGGAGGACGUGUUCGAGAACGAAAUCGCUGUGCUGGUGGGAACAGGUAUCGGCGUGACUCCUUGGGCGGCCAUCCUCAAGAACAUUUGGCACUUGCGCAACAGCCCGAACCCGCCAACCCGUCUUCGCCGAGUCGAGUUCUUGUGGAUCUGCAAGGACACCAACUCGUUCGAGUGGUUCCAGACGCUCCUGUCGUCGCUCGAGCAGCAGAGUACCGAGGCGGCCCGCAUCCCCGGCAGCUCCGGCGUCGAGUUCCUCAAGAUCCACACCUACCUGACACAGAAGCUGGACCAGGACACCAUGAACAACAUCGUGCUGAACUCGGUCGGUGCCGAGGUGGAUCCUCUCACCGAGCUCAAGUCCCGCACCAACUUUGGUCGGCCCGACUUCUGCAGGCUCUUCACCACGAUGAGGGACGGAAUCUUGGACCGCUCGUACCUGAAUGGUCUCGAGGGCAGCAUGAGGACGACCGUCGGUGUGUACUUCUGCGGUCCCUCUGCAGCUGCUCGCGAUAUCAAGAAGGCAUGCAAGGCCGCCACGGUUAGGGAGGUUGACUUCCGUUUCUGGAAGGAGCACUUCUAG